UCUGUGGUCUAUUACGGCGUCUCCGCGGCAAUGGAUGCCAUUUCUGCUCCCCUGUAGCAGCGUGAUGGCCUCAUGCUAAGAACAACGUGCAUGGUCGAAAUAGUCUUCCCAUGCAGGUACGCGAGAUGGCAGCCUGCAAGAUGCUGGUAGAAAAACUUGGGGGCUCCUCCAUCGGUUGCCUCUGGCUUUUGGCACUCUCAGUCCUUCCACCGUCGCUCUCUUGGGUUAUCACCCUUUUGCAAGUCUUUGCUUGCGUUCCCUCUUUCACAGGCCCACAGGCUGUCCAAUCUUUAUAACUAGUAAUAUCUUCAAUCACUAAUCAUGCCCUCCCUCUCUCGCGCUGCCACUCUGGCGGCUGGCCUCUUGGCCACAGCCGUUUCAGCAACAUUCAAUCCCGCUUCCUCCAGAAACGUUGCCGUAUAUUGGGGUCAAGGCUAUGAUCAGAUCCCUCUAUCCGAUGUGUGCAACGACGAGAACGUCGACAUCGUCAAUCUCGCCUUUGUCAAUCAGUUUCCCAAGAAGAGGGGAGACUAUCCUGCCACCAACUUCGCCAACGCCUGUGGAGAGCAGUUUUUCGAGUAUCCUGACGGAACAUUGAGCGGACUCCGAUCCUACUGUCCCAGUAUCGGCCCCGGCAUCAAGGAUUGUCAGGCUAAAGGAAAGAAAGUUCUCCUGAGUAUUGGUGGCGGUUGGCCCACCGACUACUACCUCCAGUCCAAGGACAUUGCCGAGUACUUCGCAGAAUUCCUUUGGGGUGCCUUCGGUCCUCAGACUGCUAAAUGGGUUGCCGACGGAAAGCCUAGGCCUUUUGGUGACGCUUCGGUCGACGGUUUCGAUCUUGAUCUUGAAGCCUUCAUGGAACCUGCCCCGUUCAGCGGCUACUUGGACGCCAACUACGACUACUUCGUCAAGCAUCUGAAGAACAAGCUGUUCCCCACUGGUCCGUCGACGUACUACAUCUCAGGUGCACCUCAGUGCGUCUUGCCGGACGCUCGCUUGGCCGCUGCCAUCUCCAAGUCCAGCUUUGACUUUGUCUUCAUUCAGUUCUACAACACUCCCCAAUGCUCCAGCCGAGCGGGUUACAACGGCAUCGUGGGCACCGCCACCUCCUUCACCUUCGACCAGUGGGUUGCAUGGCUGAAGAAGAACUCUGUGAACAAGCAAGUCCGGCUCUAUCUUGGCCUCCCCGCCAACGAAGCAGGCGCGCCAAACGACGUGACAUCCUAUCUGACGCCUGCCGAAGCCAACAAGCUCGUCACCUUCUACGCGAAGAAGUACCCCGAGAUCUUCGGUGGUGUCAUGCUUUGGGAAGCCUCCCUGGCUGCCCGGAACAAGAUUUGCGAGAAGAACUAUAACUCGUGGAUCAAGGACAUACUGGUCGGCAAGUACUCGACAUCGCCCUGCGCUCCCAAGCCGUCGUCGUCUUCGACCCGUGCUUCCUCCACCAUCUCCUCUAACCGUAGCUCGACCAUUUCGUCUACCCCCACCCCUGUUGUAUCCUCUAGCAAAACUUCGGCUUCCCCUACCAGCUCUGCGGUGACCUCCUCCGCUCAAUCCAGCGCAUAUCCCACAAGCUCGGCCGCCCCCAGCUCUGCGGUGACGUCUUCCGCUCAGUCCAGCGUGUAUGGCACGAGCUCGGCCGCCCCCAGCUCUGCAGCACCGUCUUCUGUCCAGUCCAGCCGUGUAUGGCACGAGCUCGGCCGCCCCCAGCUCUGCAGCACCGUCCUCAGUCCAGUCCAGCGCGUAUGGCACGAGCUCCGCCGAUACCAGUUCCGCGGCAUCAUCCAUCCUUCCAUCCUCACCGUCUUCGGUUCCGUCUGGCGUGUAUUCCACAAGCUCUGACACGUCCUCGAUCGUUCCAUCUGCGACAUCUUCUGUGCAGUCUUAUGGAUCCGCUUCCAGCUCUGCGGCGUCAUCGCUCAUCCCAACUGAAACGCCUUCGCUUGAGUCCAGCGUACCAGCCACAAGCUCGUGCACUUCAACGAUU